AUGUCCCAAUCCCCCGCCCUGACCAUCCUCCUGGACAUCCUGACGGAAUACAAAGACCGCAUAGCCAUCGACGGCUCCUCACGCAUCCUGGUCACCGACGCCACCGUCGCCCAAAAGCUGGCCGAACAACAUAAGGAUAUCUCCACACCAUAUGGACCGACUUUCACCGUCGCCAGCGCCGCCGGUGGUGCAGGUGAGGGUACCAAGACCGAGGAUCUAGGCCAGAACAUCACUGUCGAAGCUAUGGACUCUCUCAUGCCAAAGAUGGACUACUUUACCCAUGCCAUCACGGACGUGAGUCUCGCGGACGGCAAGACGGUGAUGGAAAUCAUGAAGUGGGCGAAAUACGCCCUCAAACCCAAGGGGAUCGCGGUGGUGGUGGCGUUGAAGCGGACGGAGGCGGGGGAGUUCAAGGAGAGGAUGCUGGCGCAGAGUAAGCAAAGAAUCGCUGAUCUUGGUGAUAUCUUUGAAUUCGCUGGAUUUGAGACGGGAAAGGUGAGGAGGUUGGAGAGGGGGAGUGGGGAGGCGGAGGCGGAGGUGGUGUUGGGGAUGAAGUGGGAUCAGUUGACUGCUUAA